GGUUUGACCAUCCGGGAUUUGGAGGACCUCUUAGAAGACAUCAAAGUCUAUCUGGAGCUGGAGGAGGGCAAGAAUGCUGACUAUUGGCGAGAUAUAAUCACCGUCACCCAAGAUGAACUUGCUAAACUUAGGAAACGAGAUUCAAACACCAGGGAAUACAUCGGCGACAGACGAGAUGGAAUCAAUCAGGCAGUUUCCUCAGAUAUCGGAGACAUCUUUAAAGGCAAGACUACCAAUCAGCUCAAGCUACUGGAGAAGCAGAUUAAAGACAAGCUGAGUGGGGGAGAAGGCAUUGACGUCGGUUAUUGGGAGUCUCUAUUGCAGCAGUUAAAGGCUCAUAAGGCGAGGACUCGUCUGCGAGAAAGACAUCAAGAAGUUCUGAGGCAAAAACUGUUUAAAUUAAAGAGAGAGCAAGGAAUUGAGUCAGGGCCAUUGUUUCCUGUGCUGCAGCCAGUAAAACCAGAAAUGUCAGAUUCGCCAGAAUCACAAGGUACAUCCAGUAGAGACAGAGAAACAACUGCCUCAACUUCGGCAAUAGACCCAGAAAAUGAGACCUCUCCUAGAGCUGAAAUGUCACAGCAGAAUGAUAGUGAAGAUUCUUCAGAUGAGGAAAACAGAGAGACAAAUGAGGAGAAAACAGAAGCAGCAACAGAAGAGGACAUUCAGGAAUUAGAAUACUUAAAAGGAGGUUAUUCUCCAAGGCUGUUUCAAGCAGAAGAUAUUACAAUUGAUUCAGUUGUGUAUGAUGAGGUGGACGACGUUAAGAAACUGGAGCUAGCGCGGAAACAAGUGUACGCAACAGGCACUGUCAGGUCUGAUGGGGAGACAGAGUUUGAAAAGAAAGCCAGAGAAGGGAUGGACAUGGAUGAAGCCCAGUUCAGUGUUGAGAUGAAUCUGGAACAGCAGUCUUUCAUGUGGUCAGACAAGUAUCGGCCAAGAAAGCCUCGGUUUUUCAACAGAGUGCAUACAGGCUUUGAGUGGAACAAAUACAAUCAGACUCAUUAUGACAUUGACAACCCCCCACCAAAAAUUGUUCAAGGCUACAAAUUUAAUAUCUUCUAUCCUGAUCUUAUAGAUAAAAGCAAAACACCUGAAUACUUUGUUACACCACUGGAAGGCAGCAAAGAUUUUGCAAUGCUGAGGUUUCACGCAGGGCCACCAUAUGAGGACAUUGCCUUCAAGAUUGUCAACCGUGAGUGGGAAUACUCGUAUAAACGAGGCUUCAGGUGUCAGUUUCAUAACAACAUUUUCCAGCUGUGGUUCCACUUCAAACGUUACAGAUACCGACGAUAG